UCAAGAAUCGUAGUUGCAAAGUUUGGAUCCGCGAACGUUCCAGGCUCACGAGGUUCGCAAGCUGAACUUAGAGACAAAUCGCAGUUUUUCGGUGGUAGGUGUCAUGAGCGAGCGCUCAAAGCUCCAGUUCCGAAUUCGCGUGAUGGAGAACUGCCAGUGGUUAACGUUGAGCACGGCGCAGCUGCGCUCCGAGCGCUCUAGCGUCGGUUCGGCCUUCCUCGGGCUUUUACCCCGUCCAUUCCUGUCCCCGGGUUACUGCCCGAGUCAGACGCCACAGCCAGCAAUAGUGCUAUCUACCAACCCGAAGUCUUCGGUACCGACGUCAAAGACAGCCUGGAAUACGCCUUCACUUCAGAUCGCAGAUGACAAUGCGAACAUCUCGACGCGCCCCAUCUAAACAGGAAGUGCAGGUCGACACUAUCUCAUGGAUGCACUCGGGGUCCUUCCUAGUCAUGCUGGUACUGAUUCGGAGACGGCGCUAUGUCUGGAAUGCAUAUAUUCAAGGGCAUCGAAACGGUGGGAUCAACGGACGCGUCUGCUCACUCUGCUCCCUGUGCAGAGUAAACAAAGAUGCGACGCGUUAUCUGCCAACUCUCGCUUCUCCUGAGCCUAGCAAUCGCACUGCUGCCGACGUCCGUCGUAUCGCAGGCCACCAACUCCUCUGUGCUUCCAGUCGGAUCCUGCACCGCAGACAUACCUUGCAGCAAUGGCGCGUGUUGUAAUGGACAGUCUGGUUUUUGCGGGUUCGGCCCCAGUUUCUGUACCACGGUAGCUAGUGGUGGACACUGCACGUCGCAUUGUGACGCUCUCGCUGAAUGCGGACCCUUUGCUGCUCCCGCCAACUUCACGUGUCCUUUGAAUGUGUGCUGCUCUCAGUUCGGCUUCUGUGGUACAACAGCAGAGUUCUGCUCGGCUGGUUGCCAGUCCAACUGCAAUCCCCCGGCACCCCAUCGUGCGGGGCUGAUCAACAAAGUGCGACUCAACGUCGGAUCGGAUACUACGAGGUGGGCCAUUAUCGGAUGGGCAACGACGCGCUCCUGUCUCUCGUACACACCCGAGAUGAUAUCAGCAGAGACUCUGACACACAUUAACUUUGCAUUUGCCCUCAUAUCCAACUCGUUUACAAUCAUUGAGAUGUCUCCUGGCGAUGCUGCCCUGUGGACCCGGACCACGGCUCUCAAGAAAAAGAACGUUUCUCUCAAAGUCUUCUUGUCAAUCGGAGGAUGGAGUUUCAAUGACCCGCCUACGUCCCAGAUCUUCAGUCAACUCGUUGGCAGUGCUGCCAAUACAGCUACGUUUAUCAGCAGUGCUCUGAACACUCUGCAAGCGUAUGGGUUUGAUGGAAUCGAUGUUGAUUGGGAAUAUCCUGCUGCGUACGAUCGUGGCGGUAAUCCUGCAGAUAAGGCCAACUAUGUGACUUUCAUGUCCAAAGUCAAAGCAGCCUUCAAGCCCCGGAACUACGGGCUCACAUUUACUGCACCUUCAUCUUACUGGUAUUUGCAACACUUUGAUCUCCCGGGUCUGAUGCAGUCGGCGGAUUGGGUCAACGUGAUGACGUACGAUCUUCACGGAACUUGGGACGGUGUUGAUCCAUAUAUCGGUUCUCUGGUUCUUGCUCACACCAACUUGACGGAGAUCAAAGACACCUUGUCUCUCUUCGACAAUGUCGGCGUGAAUCCCAACCAAAUCGUCCUCGGAAUCGGUUUCUAUGGUCGUUCUUUCCAACUUGCCAGCGCAAGCUGCUCCUCGCCUGGGUGUGCCUUCGUCGGUGGAGCGAAUCCAGGCCCGUGCUCGGCCAAUUCUGGAACUUUAAUGUUUUCCGAGAUCGAGCAGAUCAUUGCACAAAACAGCCUCCAGCCGAUCCUGGAUCCUGACGCCGCAGUCAAGUACAUCGUGUGGAACAACGAUCAAUGGGUCAGCUAUGACCCUGCAGAUGAAGUUGCAGUUUGCCAACUCUCGUUGUGUCGGAGGCGCGUCUCUUCUUCUUUCGCGCUUGUCUUUGUUUAUGUCUCGACAGGAACGAUGAUCUGGUCUGUCGACCAGGAUGAUCUGCAGUAUUCUGCGCUCUCUGCACUCUAUCCGGGGAUCGACGUCAACAAGCCGUCCUCCGUCGAGUCCGGCAAUCAAUGCACGAUCACGGGAUGCGGACAAAAUUGCCCUUCCGGAUGGGACACUCUCACGACAUUGACGACGAAUCCCGGUGCGGGAUCAUCGUGCAACGCCAAUUCGCCCGCCAAGCUUUGCUGUCCGUCUGGCAAUGCGCCUCAGAGCUGCUCCUGGCGCGGCGGAGGAUCCAGCACGUGCAAUCCUAGCUGCAAUGUGGGCGAGAUCACUCUCGCCACUGACCCAGUCGGCGGCGAUGGCAAGCCGACUUGCGCGCAGGGAACCAAGGCGUUCUGCUGCUCAAGCGACCAGAAUGAUCCGACGGGAUGCCACGCGACGGGUUGUGGUGAGACGCAGACGGCGUGUGCAUCCGGGGACGCGUUCUUGACCUUUGUGAGGCAAGGGAGCGAGGACAACGGAAGCUGCGAGGCUCAGAAUUCAAGCCCGAAUGUCAUCAACAAGCAACCUUGUCCUCCGAUCUGCAGCACCAACAACAAGCCUGUAUGCUGUCAAGCCAAUGUGAUUUCAUCCUAUACGAAUUGUCACUGGGUCGGCGACUUGCCGAAUUGUCUGAACUCAGCUUGUCCAGCGGGGCAAGUCGGGAUCUUCAGUGACAUGCAAGGCGACGCGUCUUCGUCUUGUGUUGGGAACGGAAAACGGCUCUACUGCUGUAAUCCUCCUUCCAAUCAACAGUUCCUGCCUGUACCGGAAGCAUGGGUUCUGCCUCAGCUCACCAGCAUCCCUGGCUCGAGCGAAGUCAUCCAACCAGCGUCAUUCACUGUCGACUUCGAUGACGUGAGCAAACAUGGUACCCCUGACGUCAAUUCACAGGGUUCUGGAACGAGUGGAGAAUCAGACGAUGGACGCGAGAACGACAGUCCGUUCGGCGAGGUGUUCAUUUCAUCCCCCAAUCCGGGAAGUGUUAGUUCCCUGGAUCUAGCAUCCGACUGGGUCAUCCAUGACUGUGAUGCAAAGAGUGACCAGCCCCAGACGGUGCAGUCGAUCUCUUGUCCUUGCCUACUGCUCCAAGACCAUGGAUGGAGACGAUUCCGGAUGCGGGCAUGUUUUCAUCGGAGAAGCCCAGCACACCGUCGUCCGAAUGCCGAAGAGCUGUGGCUUGGGACCCUAUGCCGGGUCGUGUCGCUUGCUCCGCACGAGAAUCAAGCCGUCCUCGCAGCUGCCAGGUUGAAGAGAGCUUUACCAGAGAAUGAGCUCGUGUACCAGUUCUCAUUCGACUACAACUUUGCUGCUGUGCCAGCUGCGAACGGGCCUAUUUUGAUGCGUGCUGAUAUGGUUAGUCAUGUUUUUCAUGUGUAUCCAUUAAGCUUAUUGUUGAGCCCAGACCGAUAUGCCUGGAUACUGGGAUGCUAUCAUCAACACCCUCCAGAUUCAGGGACAACCUCAACCAAGCGAUCGAACAGCAAACGUGAAUUCCACCAGCCUGAGGAACUGGAACGCCGGUGGUUUGGGCCGUUCGACAACUGGCUUCAGAAGAUCAACACGGUGACGAACUCGAAUAGCGUGUCGCGAAACUUCCAUUGGUCGGAUAAAUACACGAUCUUUCAUCAGGAAGAGUCCUGUCCCAACUUAGCUCCAGUCUCGAUAUCUCGGUCUCGGGGAACGCCCAAGCGAACAGCCGAUUUGGCUACUAUCUCGAAGCGACGAUCGUUCCGCCUGCGAUCCAGCAAAUGCUACGUCUAUCUGAACGCGGGUGCCAGCGCCCAGGCCACGUUCACCAUCACCGGUCUUGCGCAGGUGGAUUUCGGGACGGAGAGAAGUGAGCUCGUGUCGUUUGGAUUCCCUGGGCUUUAUUACCCGGGAUUGUUGACGAUUGGGCCGAGUCUGCAUCUCUACGGAGAGCUGAGUGGCACACUCAGCAUGUCUGGAACUUACAGCGCCACUGUCGGGUACACAUUCCCGGGGCUACGACUUUCUCUGGGCUACAACGUGAAUCUGGAGGGCAACGUCCAGGCGCACCUCGUGCCCAGUCUGCAGCUCGGAAUCAGCGUGCUCGGAGGCCAGGUCCUCGACGCCCAGGUUUUCGUCGAAGCUGACCUUUAUGCUGGUGUCGGUGUGACGGGC